CGGCGGAAGGCGGAAGUUGUUGCCGAGUCAUGUGACUCGAGUAACAUGGCGGCUGCCCAGUGAACGCUGCCGGCGCCGAGCGGGAGCAGGUCGCGUGAGCCGUUAGGUGGCCGAGGUCAGGGGUGGAAUUGCGGGAUCCAGGCCCGGAUUCUGAGACCGCGCGUGGCGGCAGCGGAGCCAGGCAGGCGGGCCCAGGGUGGUGUGGUCCAUGAGCCGGCGCCGGGGGCCGCACGGAGCCGCAGACUCCUCUGGCCCUGGCGCGGUCCCUGCUGCCGGGGGCUGAGGGGGAGUCGCGAGGCUCCGGGGCGUACCCCGAGCUGCCACUAUGAACCCCGAGAAGGACUUCGCGCCGCUCACCCCCAAUAUCGUGCGUGCCCUCAAUGACAAGCUCUACGAGAAGCGGAAGGUGGCGGCGUUGGAGAUUGAAAAGCUGGUUCGGGAGUUUGUGGCCCAGAACAACACCGUGCAGAUCAAGCAUGUGAUCCAGACCCUAUCUCAAGAGUUUGCCCUGUCCCAGCACCCCCACAGCCGGAAAGGGGGGCUCAUCGGCUUGGCCGCCUGCUCCAUCGCCCUGGGCAAGGACUCUGGGCUCUACCUGAAGGAGCUGAUUGAGCCCGUGCUGACCUGUUUCAAUGAUGCAGACAGCAGGCUGCGCUACUAUGCCUGUGAGGCCCUCUACAACAUCGUCAAGGUGGCCCGGGGUGCUGUGCUGCCCCACUUCAAUGUUCUCUUUGACGGGCUGAGUAAGCUAGCUGCUGACCCAGACCCCAAUGUGAAAAGUGGAUCUGAACUCCUGGACCGUCUUUUAAAGGACAUUGUGACUGAGAGUAACAAGUUUGACCUGGUGGGCUUCAUCCCCUUGUUAAGGGAGAGGAUUUACUCCAACAACCAGUAUGCCCGGCAGUUCAUCAUCUCCUGGAUCCUGGUUCUGGAGUCUGUGCCAGAUAUCAACCUUCUGGAUUACCUGCCAGAGAUCCUGGAUGGACUCUUUCAGAUCCUGGGCGACAAUGGCAAAGAGAUCCGGAAAAUGUGCGAGGUUGUUCUUGGAGAAUUCUUGAAAGAAAUUAAGAAGAACCCCUCCAGUGUCAAGUUUGCUGAAAUGGCCAACAUCCUGGUGAUCCACUGCCAGACCACGGAUGACCUGAUCCAGCUGACGGCCAUGUGCUGGAUGCGGGAGUUCAUCCAGCUGGCUGGCCGAGUGAUGCUACCCUACUCUUCUGGGAUCCUGACAGCUGUCUUGCCCUGCCUGGCCUACGAUGACCGCAAGAAAAGCAUCAAGGAGGUGGCCAACGUGUGCAACCAGAGUCUGAUGAAGCUCGUCACCACAGAGGAUGAUGAGCCAGAUGAGCCAAAGACAGCAGUUCAGAGACAAGCCGAGCUCAACCCUGAGAACUCCCUGGCCAAGCAGGAAGGCACAGCUAGUGGAGGUCCAGAUGGCUCUUGUGACUCCAGCUUCGGGAGUGGCAUCAAUGUCUUCACCCCAGCUAGCACCGACAGGGCCCCAGUGACCCUGCACCUCGAUGGGAUUGUGCAGGUCCUGAACUGCCACCUCAAAGACAUGGCCAUUGGAAUGAUGACCAGGAUCGCUGUUCUGAAAUGGCUGUACCACCUCUACAUCAAGACUCCCCGCAAAAUGUUCCGGCACACAGACAGCCUCUUUCCCAUCCUACUCCAGACGCUUUCAGAUGAAUCCGAUGAGGUUGUCCUGAAAGAUCUGGAGGUACUAGCAGAAAUUGCUUCCUCCCCAGCAGGCCAGACAGAUGACCUAGGCCCACCUGAUGGCCCUGAUCUCCGGGUCAGCCACUCGGAGCUUCCGGUGCCCACUUCUGGCAGAACCAGCCUGCUGAAUCCUCCCAGUACCAAAGGCCUAGAAUGUUCUCCUUCCACUCCCACCAUGAACUCCUACUUCUAUAAGUUCAUGAUCAACCUUCUGCAGCGGUUCAGCAGUGAGCGGAAGCUCCUGGAGGUCAGAGGCCCUUUCAUCAUCAGGCAGCUCUGUCUGCUACUAAACGCAGAGAACAUCUUCCACUCGAUGGCAGACAUCCUGCUCCAGGAGGAGGACCUCAAGUUCGCCUCCACUAUGGUGCACACCCUCAACACCAUCCUGCUCACCUCUGCCGAGCUCUUCCAGCUGAGGAAUCAGCUCAAGGACCUGAAGACUCUGGAGAGCCAGAACCUGUUCUGCUGCCUGUACCGCUCCUGGUGCCACAACCCCGUGACCACGGUGUCGCUUUGCUUCCUCACCCAGAACUACCGGCACGCCUACGACCUCAUCCAGAAGUUUGGGGACCUGGAGGUCACUGUGGACUUCCUCACAGAGGUGGACAAGCUGGUGCAGCUGAUCGAGUGCCCCAUCUUCACAUAUCUGCGCCUGCAGCUGCUGGAUGUGAAGAACAACCCAUACCUGAUCAAGGCGCUGUACGGCCUGCUCAUGCUGCUGCCCCAGAGCAGCGCCUUCCAGCUGCUAUCCCACCGGCUCCAGUGUGUGCCUAACCCUGAGCUGCUGCAGACCGAGUCGCCAUGGAAACAAGCAGAGCCACUGAGAAGAUUUACACUGAAUGGAGUGCACCCAGCUUGCAUCAGAUGCCCUGUGCCUAGAAUUCCCUCCUCGGCUGUUGGAGCCACUCAGCAGGCCUGGCGCCUUGCUCCGGCAAAGGCCUCAGGCCUCUGCCUGUGGGGUGGGCUCGCACCCCCUCGGGUUGGGCCCAUUGGCAUUUGUGACCACCCCGACCACUGAGCUCAGGCUCCCAACCUCCCUCCAGCCGCCCAGCCUCUCCUGAGCUGGGUGUGAGACACUUGAUCGCUUGUCCAGGCCGGGGCCCAGCCCCCUGCCUUCCUUGCCCCCUUUCCUAGACAGCAGCACUCUGGGUGGUAGGAACAAGCCUUGUGCCGGCUGCCAUCUCAUCUGCUCUGGGUGCCACCCAAUGGUUCCCCAGGAGACCGCACUGUGUACUGGGUGUCCCCAGGGAACUAGGAGGCCACCGUGGGGGUGGGGCUUGUCUUUACAUUCCCAUGGGAAUGCCUCCAGCUCCAGAGAUUCCAGAAAGGCCCUGAGGCCACACGCCCACCUCCCCAGCCUGGCUUCUCUGCAUUGGCUCCUGCGGGACUCCUUGGCUGUUCUGGGUGCUCUGAAAGGCUCUGCGCUGGGCAAGGGCUGGGGGCAGACACGGCAGGGAGAGGAUGGCUUCCGGUGGGAGCCAGUCUGCAAUCCUGGGGGAGGCAUCGGGGCCAAGCUGCCAGCUCUGCCCUGCUCAGAGCCCCCCAUGCGUCCAGGGCGCCGUGUGGUCUCGGGAUGGGAGGGAAGGCUGGAGGUCAUUGGACCCCUCGCUGUCCGCCCCAAGCCAAGUGAGGACACAUCGGAAAGGGGGAGCGAGUAUUCCUUCAGGCUCGCCAUGGAGUUGGGAAUCUUGAACUGUGGGGCAUAUGGUGGCUUACAGGGUUUGUUUAGGAUCUCUGUCAGAGGUUUACUGGGCGGCCGUCUCUGAACUCCUGGUUUCUUCAUUUGGACUAAAUAGCCGUGGAGGGCUCUUCUUGGUCUCCGAGGCCUUCAGUUCCUAGCCUUUCUUUGCUCGGGCCUGGGAAGAGCGCUUAGAUACACACAGCAGACAGUGCUUGUGGAAGGGGCCUCCGACAGCUGGGGAGGGGUCGGGUUGCGGGGGGGGCAGGGGGGGGGCUGAGGACCUUCCCAGCCAGGGCGAGGCCGGCAGCUGGUAGCCAGGCGUGUAAGCCAGGAACAGCUGGAGAAGUUCUGCGUUCCUUGCCCGCCCUUCCCUGUGUGUGCUCGUGACAUCGGGGCCACUCCCCAGGGACUUUCUCCUCACUGAGGCAAGAGGGACCCUGGGAACAACAAGCUGGUGACAGGUGGGGGGGGGGGGGGGGCGGCAGGAGAGAGGCCAGCUCCGGGCUCUGGAGUCAUGGUUCUGCCCUACUAACCCAGUAUUCCUGUCACCCAGUGCCUGGGAGAGCAACCAUGGCCUCCAGACUCAGUCUAACUCCACGGGGGCCCAGGCCCUCAGGCCAGGAAGGGCAGCCUCCCGCCACCCUUCCUCCUCUCUGCACAUCACCCCCCCCCCCCCCCAGUGCCAUGUCUUGCCUCAUGUCCACAAAACCCUGGCCCUUGACUGCAGCUCUCAGGUCUGCCAUGGGUGUCUUUAGCACUGUGGAGGCUCUGUGAGCACCCAAACUCGGAUGACUCCUUUUGCUGGGGCCCUGAGACAGAGCCUUCAAACCUGCCCUGUCCUGUCCUCACCAGGGUGGCUUAGGUAGCAGCUAGGCCUGGAGUUAGUGUUCAAGCUCAGGUACCGCCACCCACCCCCGCCCCCAGCCUCUGGAGAAGCCCAGCUUGCUCUCUUGGGGCAGUGACAACCUGGCCACAGGGUCACUGGACCAGAGAGCGCCCUCUCCCUAUUCCAAGGGAGUCAAAAGCAGCAAGAGCCUAGAAUGCAAUGGCACCUGGGCCCUGCUCGCUAGUGUCCCCACGCCGAACUACUUUCCCACCUAGAGC